UAGUCUGAAGGAGCUGGGUGGGAUAUUUGUGGUGGAGGGCUGCUCUGUGAGGUGGAAGUCUGGAGGAGCUUCGUCUGCGCAGGCGGCACUCAGUCCAACCAGGCGUUUUUGCACCGCUGAACGGUUGCCAUGGAGAUUAAAGGAUUUCUCAAACAUGCAUGAAAGAAUAAAAGAAACACUCCAGGUCCUCGUCAGGUAAUCAAACACCGCCUGGAUAAGCUGUGCGCCCGGUUUCUAAGCAACGCUCGCACAAAGAGAAGAGUCCAGGCGUCGGGCCUCGACCAUCUGCCUGGGCUUUACCGAGUUCCCUGACUGUUGCUUUAUAGGUGAAGUGGCUUAAAAACGAGGAUGAACAUUUUUGAACUAUAUAUAUAUUUUCAAUGUUGAAAUAAGUCAUCCUUCCACGCAUCCGUUCUUCAUACCUGCUUCAUUUCUGCAGGCUUUCUGGAAGUCGGUGCCCCGUCUUCAGCUAGUGAGGCGGGUAAGCCGAGUUAGUGAUGAAAUCAUAGGGACAUAUUUUAUUAUAUCAAACCACCUGGGUAAAGUACAACGCCUUAAAGACUUUUUUCUUCUUCACCAAGUCGAUGUGCCUUCAAGGCAGCUUCUGUCUUAGCAAUGAGUCUGUCAGAAGCUGUUUUUGCUCUUUCAUAUUUUUUGAAAGAGCAUAUUUUGUCCUUCCCCGACAAGGAAGGGGAAGGACAAAAUAGGGGAAGGAACUCCCCCUUCCUUGUCAUAUUUAUUAAGAGCUGGUUAUGAAACAUGUUCACAUUUCCAUAGACCUUUUGCAUGACAUGGAACUUCCUCUUUGCAAACUCUCUGCAUGUAAUAACCUGCUGUGGUCAGUCUGUUUGUUGCAGAACUACAAGAAUCAACCUCAACUUCCAACAUUAGCUCACAGUGUGUCGUACUUGGAGGCUUUUGUCUAUGAGUGCAUUUUCAAACUAGUAUUUAUAUUUUAUUAACAUGUCUACAUUCCCCCCUUUUGCGUCACGUCUACCCAGAACUCUUCUCAGUGUGGAUAAUGUCAGUGUCAAAACGAUUCGUUCCUCUGAUGCAUUUCGGCUAAACACGACUCGUUCGGGAAGUUUGUUUCCGAUAGGAAAUUAGAAGCGUCUCUUUAAAGGUAAUAACGUAACGUUGGAUGAGCAUCAGUUUAAAAAGAUAAAGUGUUUUUGUGAAAAUUGUCUGACUAAGCUUGAGCUUCAGUUGCAAAGAACGGGCAAAAGUUUGCAAUGGUGGUUAUGAAAUAUGUCAGUAGUAUUGACCAAAAGAAAGGAAUCAUUUUCUCUUCCCUUUUACAAUCAUUCGUUUUGAUCCAUCACAUAAAAAAACCCAAGCAGACACAUUCCAGUCUGUUGCUGCACAGAGAACCAGAACUGCAUGAGAGCGUCCUCUGACUGAACAGAAGUGAAAGGCUGAAAGUGAAAAUAAGCCACCAGAUUCCAGACCACUAAAAACCACACUGAGGAGACAGAUCCUAAGUUUCCCUUUGUAGAGGAAGUGCCUUAAUAUUCCUCUUAACACGUAUUUCAAUGAGUUUUGAUUGAAAAAGGUCUGAAAGGGGCAACAUUAUGUGCUUUCCAGCCACAGAGAAUCCAAUCAAAGUUGCACUGAGAAGUGGCUCCUUUAAUGAACUCGACGGACAUUCAGCUCCGCCGGGUGUUUGCUGAUUGCUGCUGGCUAGUCUGAAGGAUCAGAGUCACUGGGGAGGAGGGCUAUGUUCGUCCUCAGUGGUGGAGCUGGGUCCACCCAGGUGUUUCCCACAGCUGAACGGUUGCCAUGGAGAUUAAAGGAUUUCUCAAUCAAAGCAACACUCCAGAACAAGCUGAAGUCCCUUCAGAAGGACAAAGUUCGUCAGUUUAUCAUUUUUACACAAUCCAACGAGAAGACUGCGGUGGCCUGCUUGUCUCAGAAUGACUGGAAGCUAGACGUUGCCACGGACAAGUUUUUCCAGAACCCAGAGCUCUACGUUUCAAAUACUAAGGGGGGCUUGGACAAGAAGAGGCUGGAGCAGCUGUUCAACAGAUACAGAGAACCUCACGAUCACAACAAAAUAGGCGUUGACGGGAUCCAGCUGUUCUGCGAUGACCUGGGUCUGAAUCCAGCCAGUAUAAGUGUCCUCCUCAUAGCGUGGAAGUUCAGAGCAGCAACACAGUGCGAAUUUUCCAAACAGGAGUUCAUGGACGGCAUGACCGAACUGGGGUGUGACAGCACAGAGAAGCUGAAAUCUCAGCUGCCAAAGAUGGAGCAGGAGUUAAAGGACCAGGGCAAAUUUAAAGGCUUUUACCAGUUUACAUUUGAUUUUGCCAAGAAUCCUGGUCAGAAGGGAUUGGAUCUAGAUAUGGCGAUUGCAUACUGGAAUUUAGUCCUGGCUGGGAGAUUCAAGUUCUUGGAUUUGUGGAACCAGUACUUACUUGAGCACCACAAGAAAUCUAUUCCUAAGGACACCUGGAAUCUCUUAUUAGACUUCAGCACAAUGAUCACAGAUGACAUGUCGAAUUAUGACGAAGAAGGAGCCUGGCCCGUCCUCAUAGAUGACUUUGUAGAAUUUGCACGGUCGCACAUCGGGACCAAAAGCUCCAGAGUUUGAGAAACUUUAUAUAAGUGGUGUUUGUGACCUGCAGAGGAGAAAAGAAAGGCCCAUCUUUGUUGUUUGUGGUUGAUGAGUCUAAAGACUUCAGGAUGUUUUAUGUGCGCUCAAGCCAGCUGGAGAACCAUCACCGUUUCGUUUCCCGGUCGUGGUCGUCUUUGAAGAACACGUGGAUUUACUUUGAAAUUCUAUUGGAAAUUCUUGGCUUCUUAAAGGGAUAUUGCAUUUUAAUACUGAUGUACAUUUCUUGUUUUUGUUCUUUUGUGUGUGUGUGUUAUGAUGUGUUUGUACAUCGAGCCAGUUUAAAGCACUGGAAUUUUUAAACACGGUACUGUUUAAAAAUAAUUAAGGGAUAAAUAAAAGUGACCGCCUGCUCUCAUAA